AUGGAUUCUCAAUCCAACUCGACGUCGUUUGAAUCGUCGUCAUUGUCUGCUUACUGGACACCACGCACCGGCUACUACCUAACAAUCUUGACUGUGCUGCUUUCUGUGUGGCUUUUCCUGCGAUCAAAGCCUGAGUCUAGCAAGCUUUGCGUGCCUUUCUACAAAACCUCCAAAUUAAAAUGGAUAUUUGAUGCAGAAUCACAAAUUGUCAAAAGCUACAAACAGUUCCAAGACCAGGUCUAUCAGAUCAAGGCAACAGAGGGGACCCAGGCUAUUAUUCCUCCGAAAUUCAUUGCUGAGAUCAAAGGCUUACCCGAGGAUACUCUCAGCGCCACAGAGGCUGUAGCUGAUGCUCUUCAAACCAAGUACACCAAUUUUACGCCGGGACACAAUGGUGAUAUGCUAUCACUUCUUGUGAGAACUCGUUUAACGCAGAAUCUCGCUGAACUCAUCCCCCAGCUUAAAAGCGAACUUGAACAUUACAUUGGUACCGAGUUCCCAGCUUGCGAUGACUGGACGCCUGUCAAGUGGCAGCCCUUUGCUCUGCGCGGCAUUGCUCGAUUAAGCGGUCGAGCCUUCGUUGGACCCUGGCUGAAUCGUGAAGAGCAAUGGCUCAAAGUCACCAUUGAUUUCGCCAUUGACGUCUUCAUGUCCGUUAUCAAACUGCAAAUUUUCCCCGAAUGGUUUCGCCCCAUUGCUCAAUACGCCGUGUCAGAUUUGCGCAAGAUACGGAAGGAUGUCAACAUCGCCAAAUCCUUGUUGAAGCCCUUACUGGAGGAAAGAAUACGUGACAUGGAGAUUUCGUCUUGCCAUGAGCCCCCGAAUGAUCUAAUGCAGUGGCUUAUUGAGGCUCUUCCCCAAGAAGAAAAGGCUGAUGUGGACGUCCACGCCAGACUGCAACUCAUCUUGGCUGCGGCGUCUAUUCACACCACGAAUAACCUCUUGUUUGAGUGCAUGGCUGAUCUUGCCGAUCAUCCCGAGAUUCAGGAAGAGCUGCGGGAAGAAGCCUACCAAAUCCUCGAGGUAGAGAAUGGCUGGGCUCGCAAGGAAAGCAUGACCAAGCUCAAGAAGCUCGACAGCUUCAUGCGCGAAGUUCAACGCCUCCGUGGCAACGUUACUUCUUUUAUUCGCAAGGUCAUAAAGCCCAUCGAUCUCUCAGAUGGCACGCAUUUACCCGCGGGCACGAGAGUGCUAGCCCCCCAAGCGGGCAUUUCCAUUGACGACCAGUUUUUCCCUAACCCCACGGAAUUAGAUCCCUUGCGAUUUUACCACAUGCGGCAAGAGUCGGCCGAGGCGAGCAAUCGCUGGCAAUUCACGUCGCUCAACGACACGAAUCUCAACUUUGGCGCGGGGAAGCACGCCUGCCCUGGUCGAUUCUUUGCCGGAAAUGAGAUCAAGCUCAUUCUGGCUUUUUUUCUCAUCAAUUAUGACGUGAGGCUGAAGGAGGGAGACAAACGGCCGCAGCCAAUGGCUUUGGUCAUGACAAAGGGGCCGAAUCCGAAUACCGAGUUUGAGUUUAGACGGCGGCAGUUGGCGAAUUAG